GCCGUACUUGCCUGUUAUCUCCAUUUUCCGCUCACAGACACCCAUUGUUUUAUUUUUAAAAUACGUUUCGUCUCUCCCCGACUAUCAUAGCAUUCAAACCAUGAGUAUCAGGAUGCUGCGCAGCAUUUGCACUCGGCGACAAGGCAUCGGCUCCUAUACAGCGGCAUGCAGACUGAACAGCAUGCUUGCGGUUCCCCAGAACAGCAAGAUGAGCUGGAUGCUUUUGCCAACCAAAAAGCCGACCAAAAAGAGAUACAUCCACCAGUCCUCGGCAGGUAUCUACACUUUAAUGCCGAUGGCACAGCGAGUCAUCGACAAGAUCGAAGGCAUCAUCGAUGACGAGAUGCAGGCCAUCGGCGGCCAAAAACUGGCCAUGCCCAACUUGCUUUCUCCUGAAAACUGGAUCAAGACGGGCCGGUGGGAGUCUACAGGCGAUGAGUUGUUUUCGUUCAAGGACCGCAAGCAGUCGACUUUAAUCCUGGGCCCGACGCACGAGGAAGAGGUGACUGCGAUAGUCAAGGAGAUGGUGCGCAGCUUCCGCCAGUACCCGCUGAGACUCUACCAGACCACGCGCAAGUUUCGCGACGAGGCCCGCCCUCGUGCCGGCCUGCUGCGUGGGCGCGAGUUUAUCAUGAAGGACAUGUACUCGUUUGACGCCACGCGGGAACAGGCUAUCGAGACCUUCUAUACAGUGGAACGGGCGUACCGCCGAUGCUUUGGCCGCAUUGGCGUUCCGUACGUCGUAGCCGACGCUGAUUCGGGUAAUAUCGGCGGGUCGCUAUCAAAGGAGUUUCACUUUGUGAACCCGUCGGGCGAGGACACGCUGCUUGCUUGUCAGAGCUGCGGGUAUAUGGCAAACGAGGAGCGCGCUCGCAGCAGGUGCACUGGGCACAGCGCAUUCUUGGCGACUAUGGUUGAGGGCGAAAAGACCAGGCUCGGGCAGCGGCUGGUUGUGGUGCCGGCUGACCAUGAGCCCAGCGCGCUCAAGAUUAAGCAAGCGUGGCCGACUCAGAGCAGCCAGCGCAUUGAGUUUACUCGACUUUUGGCAAACAGCAGCACCGGGUGCACCGAUGCCGCCACGGGCCAGCUUGCACCGCUGCUUGCCUCGGCGCUCGGCAGCGGCAGUGGCAGCGAAAGCGAGGUGGUGACGGGUGACUGGCACGUGGCACAGGCUGGGGACAGCUGCGCCGAGUGUGUUGGUGGAACCCUUUCCGCUCAGCGCGCAAUCGAAGUUGGCCACAUUUUUUAUCUGGGCGACAAGUACUCGCGUGCAAUGGAUCUCAAUGUACUCCACCAGGGCGAGCGCUCUCACGUCGAAAUGGGCGCUGCCGAAUGCAGCAGCAGUGGUGCAAAUGGCGGGCUCAUGUGGCCGAUGAACAUCGCGCCCUUUUUGGCGGCCAUUGUGUCGCUCACAGGUCAGGACCACGUGCCUCAGGUGUACCAGUUGCUCAGCGACGUUACGGUCAAGGGCCAGAGCGUGUUCAAGGACAACAUUGCCGUCGAUGACCGUGACUACCUGAGUGCGGGCUUCCGGCUAAAUGACGCGCAGCUGCUGGGGUUCCCUAUCACUGUGGUCUUGGGCAGGGCGUUUGCGUCAUCAUCGGAAGUCGAAGUCCAGCUGCGCAUCCCUGGCAUGAAGCUUGAAGCGACGAGCAUCGCUGGCAUCGAGAUAAAGUGUGAUGGCCACGAGUGUCGGGCUCUCUUCCUCACUGCUGCGCUGGAAAAGGCCAGCUCGUCGGCUGUGGCACCGGGCCAAACAGAUGACCCACUGGUUGG